GUCCUUUUAGCUAUGGCCCAAGCUCCCACCUCCAGCCUCAGUGGAGUAUUCCAGGGGUUCAGCCCCAACCCCAACGUCAUCAUAGGAGAUCUGAUAGGAUCGCUGAUAGGAUUUAUGUAUAACUUUUUGACCCCUCCAUCGUCGAACUACUUCACGCGACAAGAUAUCCCCAACGCUCACCACCGACGCGAUGGAUCAGAUAUCUCUUAAUCAUGAGGCCUCUGCCGGCGACACGCACAAGCAAUUGGUUACGUCGCUUCCCCCGGAAGUCGUCCAGUGCCUCGAAAAUGCCCGCUUUCUUCAUCUGGCAACAUGCAUUGAUAACCAACCGCACGUGUCGCUGAUGAAUUACACUUAUAUCCCUUCUUCACAAUACUCCUCUGCACCGGUUAUCGUCAUGACCACAAAUCCAUCGUCCAAGAAGACCAAUAACCUCGUGGUCAACCCUAACGUUUCCUUACUAGUUCACGACUGGGUCUCACAUAGACCGCCAACCCAAGGUCGGCGGAUGUCCGGCGGCUCUCCCGGACCCGAGAGUAGAUCGAGCCUAGCAUCGCUUCUGCUAAACCUCAACACGAGCGCUAUAUCUAGCAUCAGCGCGACUAUCAAUGGGACGGCCGAACUCGUAUCCCGUGGCUCGACCGAAGAGGAAUUUUAUCGUAGUCAGCACCUCGAGAACAACACCUUCGACUCCGAGGGCGGCGUCGCGUUCAAUGCCGUGGCUGGGCUGACGCCGGGCGGCCAGGAAGAUGGUGGCCGCGAGUGCUUCGUUGCGGGCGAAGAGGUGCGCGUUAUACUGGUGCAUAUCAAUGAUAUAAGGACUAGUGACUGGAAGGGUAGCGUCAAGGAUUGGGUUUUGGUUCCAGAUACGAACCCGGCGCCGACUGCGAAUGGUGGGGGUGCUGGUCUGUGAGUAGGCGGAGUUGAGCUGCUUUAAAAGGAGGCGACACUAUAGUGUCCCUUCGGUUUGGCGCAUUUGGUGCGUACUUUGAGAGGCAGGGGGGUUUUCACCCCUACUAUACCAGUGUUCUAUGUAUGAUAACAUCGGGAUGGUUUGUCUUACGGUACCUAGUUUACAUGGGUUAAAACCCGAAUAUUUUUUUUGGCCAAAAUUUAACGGAGAAUAUAAUAAAAGAAGUAGUUAACCC